AUGAGUUUCUCCUUCUCUUUUCGCCUCCCAGAAUUUAAGGAAGCGUUUUCCCUCUUCGACCGGACCCCGAAAUCGGAGAUGAAAAUCACUUAUGCCCAAUGUGGGGAUGUCCUGAGAGCUCUGGGGCAGAACCCCACCCAGGCUGAGGUCAUGAAGCUGCUGGGCAGACCCAAACCAGAAGAGAUGAACUCCAAGAUGAUUGACUUCGAGACCUUCCUGCCCAUGCUGCAGCACAUCGCCAAGACCAAGGACACGGGCACCUACGAGGACUUCGUGGAGGGGCUGCGGGUCUUCGACAAGGAGGGCAACGGGACGGUCAUGGGGGCUGAGCUGCGCCACGUCCUGGCUACCCUGGGUGAGAGGCUGACGGAGGAGGAGGUCGAUAAACUCAUGGCUGGGCAGGAAGAUGCCAACGGUUGCAUCAACUACGAAGCUUUUGUGAAACACAUCAUGGCAAACUGAAUUCCAGGCCGAGAUAAGCACCGAGAUUCCCUUGGAAUUCCAAGGACUGGAAUGUCUCCUCGUUUCUCAGCCCAAAUUCCCAUCUCAGAGCCACAAAAAGUGCUGUCCCUGAAGAUAUUUGGAUAAAUAUUCCUUUGGUUGGUUUGUCCUGUUUCCUCCUGGGAAGAGGGUGAUCCCUGAGGAGCUUCAACACACUCAGGAAGCUGAAGAAACUGGAAUCCAAGCAAGGAAUACCUGGGAAUUCUUUCUGACACGGGAUAUAAAUGGGAAUACAAAAUUAAGGGAGAGGGGAGAAAAAGGGAAUCAUUUUUUCAUGGCUAAAUC